GAACUAAGACAACUGGAACAAGUUCAAGCAGAAACUAGACUACGCUCAGGAAGAGCUAGAGUUCAAGUAACAGAGAUGGAUGAACCGACCAUUGAGGACUUGACAUCCCAGCUUGAAAGCCUACGUGCCCAGCUACGGGAAAAGGAAGAAGUAGUGGAAAAGCUUCAAUCAGUAGCAGACGAGACUAAACUGAAGUUGGAAGAGUCCCUGGACGCUGCUGAAGAAAGAAUCGCAGGACUAGAGCUAGAGCUAAGUCAAUUGGUGAUGCGAGGUGAACUUGAGAGUCUGCGUACGCUCGAGAAUUUGCGAGCAGAGCACAGACAGGUGUUCAACAAAGAAACUGAUCGUAAGGAAGCUGAAACUAAACGGAUGGAAACGUGGAUAUAUGACUUGAAGAAGAGCCAUGAGAACGAGAAGACCCGGCUGCUGGAGCGAAUGGCCUACCUGGAAACCACACGUGGCGUUGAAGGUGAAGCUGGAAUUUCGACGAGUGCCGAACCGAUAGCCGAUGAUGACUCUUCGUCUACUAGUACCCCUGCUGAUCUUGGUGAAGACACGACAUUGCGUGAUGACGGAGAGACGGCAAUUUUGUCUGCAACGGCUCCAGUGUUUGUACCCGCUGCGACCCCUCCUACUACGAUUCCUGCUGAAGUUCUUAUACCCGAGUCUGAUACCAGCGUCAUGGGUGUGAUGACCCGUCUAAUGAAGGCACAAACGGAUGCUAUGGCUGCUCAAGCAAGAGCCGCUAUUAUACAACACCUUCCUCCUCUACCUCGGUUUACAGGUGAAGGCCAAGACGCUGUCGAUGACAAUUUUGGUAAAUGGGCAGAAUUAUUCAAGGAGAGAGCCAAGUUCUCUGGCUGGGGUCCAGAUGAUCAGUUAUAUCACCUGAAAACACACUUGGAGAAGUCAGCCCUGGAAGCGUACGGAAACCUCCCAGAUAGUAGCAAGACUGAUGUCAGCAGUGCUAUUGCAUCUCUACGACAACGUUUCAAGCCUAGUGGAAUGGAAGAGUUACGUGGAUUGGAGUUCCACAGAAGAAUACAAGGCGAUGAGACCACUGAACAGUUGGGUCUAAGUAUCUAACACCUUGGUAAAAGGGCCUACCCAUGCAUGGGCGGCAAAGACUUUGACCGACUACUGAAAGGCCGCUUCUAUCAAGCCCUGAAAGUUGUAUGGCAAAGAAAGCUUGGUCCUCCUAAGCCUGGUGAAAGUUUUCACGAUCUGUUAUGUCGUGCACGUCUGAUCGAAGAAUACGAAAAACAGUACCAAGAGUCGGCUA